UAUCGUUGUCUCGGUUAAUUGGUUUAAUAAUCCUUUAUUUACAACUUGAUUGAUAAGCAUAUCUGCAUAAAAAUAGCCUGAGUUGGAUUCAUCUUUUUAAUUUUUUUCGCCCACGAAAUUGCGGCUGCAUCAAAUUCAUCAAUUUCAUUUUUGCCUUCAAGCUGAUUCUUGCAGUAAUUCAUGAAGUCUGUUUGGGUCUUAUUUUGUUUAGAAGUCUUACUUCUUUUAUUUGAGGCAGGCUUGAAGGCAGUUGGACGUGUUGGACGUGCAUGAGAUGUUGAAGGCACUUGUGAUGAAACACUUGCAGAUUUCUAAAAAAAAUAUUAUUUUAGUUUCCAUCUACGCAGCAGGAUUGGCUGGAAGUAGCAAAUGGAUUUGAACAAAAAUGGCAAUUUAUAAACUGUGGAGGAGCUCUGGAUGGCAAGCAUAUUCGUAUUGUACCUCCUCCUCAUUCAGGAGCACAAUACUAUAACUAUAAAAAUUUUUAUAGUAUCAUUUUAAUGGCUCUCGUCAAUGCUGACUACGAAUUUAUUUUUGUCGAUGUAGGCAAAAAUGGAAGAUUAUCUGAUGGAGGAGUAAUUGAAAGCACCAAAUUUUAUCAUAAGUUAAUUCAUGGCCAGUUACAUCUGCCAAAUAACACAGACACAGAAAAUAAUUUCAAUUUUGUAUUUUUGGGCGAUGAAGCAUUUUCUUUACAUGAAAACUUUUUAAAACCGUAUCCUCAAAGAGAUCUUUCUUAUAGUAAAAGAAUUUUUAACUAUAGACUAUCACGAGCGAGAAAUGUUUCGGAAAAUGCAUUUGGCCUGAUAGCGGCAAGGUUUAGAAUUCUGCAUACACCAAUACAUAUGAAGAACCCGGAAAACAUCUGUUACGUUGUACUUGCUAUUUGUUCUCUUCACAAUUUUCUUAGGAAGCGUGAUACUUCUUAUACAACAUCAACAUCAUUUGAUCAAGAAAAUCUGAUAACUAAAGAGUUACAGGUGGGUGAUUGGAGAAAAAAUGCCGUUAAUAUGACAAAAUUAGAAAGUCGUAACAAAAAAGUAGCUACCAUAGCUGCGAAAACUAAUCGAGAUAAUUAUACAAGUUAUUUCAAUUCAGAUGGAAAAGUUGAUUGGCAGGAUGAAAUGUUGGCCAAAGGAAAAGCUUAA